AAGCAAUGUGAAGCUGUAGCCAAGAAGCCGCAGCUUCAGUCAAGCAAGAGUACAAGUAACUCCUCUACUUGUGCUGAGCAUGAGCGCAGAUUGGCACUGGAUUAACUUGCCAGGAGAUAGAAGUGAACAGGUGGUUGCUGACUUGGAGGCAUUGGGAGGUGAGUGCGAGGAUGGCAACAGACCUGGUUUAGGUCGAGGUGUCAUUGUUGUCCAGACAAAUGCAACGUCCUCCUUUCAUGUCAGCUUCAGUCACACGAAUACCCUGCCCAUUCGCGGUACGGAUGUGCCGAGCUUGCGAUUUGUGGUUGGAAAGCGGCAGAACUCCAUGACAUCGGUGGGGCUCGGCAACCCGUACUUGAAGAAGGAGCCUAUUGACUUUACGAAGCAAGCAGAUGCUUUGCUCACAAACAAUCCUGAGAAGAGCCGGACCUACUGGUUUCUCUAUGACCGCAUUGUGCAAGUGGCAGCAAUGGGCAUUCAGGCAGUGCCUCAAGCUGAUGUAUGCCGCCUUCUUUGCCGUUUUCGUGACUCCAUAGGCUUUCGUGCAGAGGUCUGUGAGCAGGUGCGCUACAUCAUUGUGUCCUCGGGCAAACGUCCAGUUUCCCUGCGAAUUGUGCACAUUGGACCACCGCCAGACCUCUCCAUCCCUCGGCACCAGUUUGACCCGAUUUCUUGGGAAGAACUACCCUGGCAAGGCUGCAGCUGCGUUUUUCAACUGGAUGAAAAGCAUCUGGAGCUGAUGAAGCGUGUGCAGGCCUUGGUCUCGGCCUCACCCCUGGGACCCUUGUACCAGCUGGUGCCACCAGAAUGCAUUUGCCUCAAUGCCGUGCGGCUCUUGGACCCGUUUCGGCGGCCAGAGCUCAUCCACCAGUCGCAGAGUGUGGUGGCAGAGUGCUCUGGGGACCACGUGGACUGGGCAGCUUGCUAUGCCGAGGUGCAUCGGCGACUUGAGGCAGUCUUCCACUCUGCUCCCUGGACCUACUGGCCGAUGCGAUUUGAGCGUGCAGACUGUACAUCUGUAUUGCUGGCGCCAACAGGUCCCGGCUCGCAAGCAUGUGUAUCUUCUUGGGUCAAAGCGGUGGAAGAGGCCUGUGGGCUGUGCAAUGCAGCAACGACACGGGAAAUGCUCACAUUCUGCUUUGCCUUUGAGGUAUUUCCAGUUGAGGGCGAGAACGCCGCGCAGGUUCGGCGUGACCUGGUUCGAGAGAUCAAGAGCAUCUUGGAGAAGGAAUGGGACACCAUGGACUUCCGCUGCCCCACCCUUGCCGUGUGGCAAACGAAAAGCACUUGGCUCCCAUUUCAGGCCACCGCGCCCCCUUGAUGCACUCAUUUUCGUUUCACGUGGAGCUCGGCCUGAAACAUAGGCUUGGCAGCCACGAGCGAUGAAAA